UGAAGACGAUUUAAGCGCCAUCUACAUCAAAUGAAAAUGUUCAAGAUGUCAAUUCGUUAUAACUUUUUUCAUCAAAAAUAAUAAAUUUAUUGAAUAUCUUAUUUAAAUUCGUUUUGUUGUGAAUCAUGGCAGAAGCUUCUUCAUCAACAACAGUGGAAAACACCAAAGAAGUAUUGGAAAAUAAAGAAAAAGGUGAUGGUUUAGAAUGUGCUGUAUGUUUACAAAUUUGUGUCCAUCCUGCUCAAUUACCUUGCGGCCACAUAUUUUGCUUUUUGUGUAUAAAAGGUAUUGCAAACCAAAGUAAAAAAUGUGCUAUGUGCCGACAAGAAAUUCCAAGAGAUUUUAUCGAACAUCCUACUUUAGUUAAUGAUGAACCCAUAGUAGAUGCAACCGAAAAUUUUGAUGGAAAUUACCAAUGGUUUUAUGAAGGAAGAAAUGGUUGGUGGCAAUAUGAUGAAAGAACCAGUAAAGAACUUGAAUCUUGUUAUAAAUCUGGAGAAAGAAUAUGCGAAUUAUUAAUAGCCGGAUUUUUAUAUGUUGCUGAUAUGGAAUCUAUGUUACAAAUAAGAAGAAAUGAUCCGUCGAGAAGACGAAGAAUUAAAAGAGAUUUGGCAUCAAUUCGCAAAAAAGGCGUAGCUGGUUUAAGGACGGAACCAGAUUUAACUCCAUCGACAACAAGCGACCAAGAAAUAACUUACAACACCGAAAUAACACGUCCACAUAGCCCCACAGAGGGAAGAACAGACGGUUUAACACCAACAACACCUUCAAAUACACCUCAAAGUCCCACAAGUGGACGAGAAUCCCCUCAAAAUGACGAUUUGGAAGUUACAAUUGAUAGAAUUCAAAAUUUGAGAUUAAACGCUGAUGAGAGGUUACAUCAAAGGCAUUUUAAUAGACCAAGAAGGAGUAACGAACAUUCAAAUUAAUUGAAAGUACUUAAAGAUUAUCUUUUUAAUAGGAAUUUAAUUGAAUGGAUUAAAUCAGGAUUUCCCAACCUUUUUUUCGUCGAUUUUCUUCCGAUUAUAAAUAAUAUCUUACAAAAAACGAUAUUUAUUUAUUCUAAUUUUAUGUUUACAAAAUCAAAUUUAAAACUCUUUGUAUCCUUGUUCUGUGGGCACUGUCAGUAUUCGAUCCAUACAAAACAUCACCAAGAUUGCUCCACCUCUCAACUUGCAAAAUAUGAGAGAAAGAUUACAACCAGUAGCAGGUGAUGCAAAGUAUCGAACGUUUUAGAGAAAUCAAGAAGAACAAGGAUAGUGGCCAGUCCAUUGUUAAUUCCAUGAAGCACAUUAUCAGUGACAUCCAAGAGAGUCGUGCAAAUAAAGCCAGAAUGGAAGCCCGAUUGAAAAGCAGGAAGUAGUUAGGCGAAUAAGGAGGCUGAAAAGCCACAAGAAUGUUUUUAGUGGCCAAAAACUUGUUUAUUGAAAUUGCUGUGUAACAAAACGUAUUAUCGGCAUGCAACACCCAGUUGUCUUGAUGUUUGGUCUCACAUGUAUGACCGUUUUUCGAAAUUUUUCAAGAAACUCUGGUAAAAGUGUUGAUUGCAUCACGAUGCAUUUCAGAUCUUCGACUUGCACAUUCUUGUUUUUUUGGUCCUUGGAGAGGUUGAAGUGUGCCACUCACCCUUUGGUGGUUGGUGUCUGGGUCGUACUCAAAUACUCAAAAGUAAUGACAUAUUCUACAAAACGGGAAUCAUAUUCAAUCAUCAUAUUCCUUUUGAUCUUGUGAAAGGUGUUUUUUGAAACCAUUUUUGCACAGAUUUUUCUCAUCCCCAAUUCAUUGGUUAAAAUCUGAUAAACGGUGGUGUGAGACAAAUUCAACUCUUCCACGAUCAUUCUGACUGUCAACCAACGAUCUGAACGCACACGAUCCUGGAUUCUGUUGACAUAUUCAUCGGUUUUUGAAGAUGAAGGCUUUCCGCUUCGUGGUUCAUCUUUAAUUGGCUUUUUUCCUUCUAAAAAUGCUUUAAUUACAUAAUAUAUUUCCCAUUUUACAGUAAUCUAUUUAAAUACUUUAUAGAUGUUUUAUUUACAAUUACAACUUCAAAAAAAAAAGUUAUAUAACAAAAUAAAUAUGGCAUAACAGAAACUAGUCAUUGUUCACGAUAGCGUCCAUCUUUUUUAUCUGAAAGGUCUUUCUAUCUCUAUAUCUGAA